AUGAUUUCAACAAAAAAUGUCUGUAGAAAACUUUCAUCACAACCUCAUUUAUUAUUUUAUCGAAAAGUCUCAACAGCAGAUGUAAAAGCUUCGGCUCGUUCAAUGGUAGUUCGAUUUAUUCAAAAUCGUCGAGCACAACGUCGAAUGGAUGAUAUUAGAUUAGAACCUUAUAUGAGUAAAGGCGUUUAUACAGAAAGCGGUGCCAUUCGACCAAUGCCAAAACGAUAUCCAUUUGGUAUAAUUAAAUUGUUAACAAUAACAAUUCCAUUUUUAUACUUGGGCUCAUUGGUUUCAAAAUAUGCAACAUUAGGUUUAGAGAAAAUGGAUUUAUUUGUCUACAAUGAUGAUGAUGAUGACUGA